AUGACUGGCGUCGUCCAGGGUUUCUUCGUGAACCUGAACCGUACCUUCCAAACAGUACAAAACAACAAGCCGAUGGUAGAGACUAUCGAGCCGUUGGACAACCGAGACGAUCUAUUCAGAUACACCUCCGGCAGAUGGUUGACGAACGAAACGCAUCACCUCGAGCAGCCUUUCGUGAAGUUCGACGUCAACAGUCUUUGCGCUCUAGCCACGGGAAUUUCAACAAAAGCCUUCCUUCUCACGAUGAACGACGGCAACGAAGUAAUAGCAAAGAUCCCUUGUCCGAAUUCUGGGACGCCCCUACUGACGACAGCCUCUGAAGUAGCGACAUUACAGUUCUUCCCAGAGGUCUAUGUCUGGUGUUCAGAUCCGACAAACCCGGUGGGUGCGGAAUAUAUCCUCAUGGAAAAGAUCCUUGGGGAACGUUAUAAGUUGAUUGACAGGAUCCUGCAAAUGGAGAAGGAGCUUGAGAGCUGUAGAUUCCCAGCAUACGGGAGCCUCUUCCUGCGGGAUUCCUUGCUGUCUGGAUAUCGUCAUUAUUCUCUUUUCUCAGACUUGGACCCCACUGGGAUGUUCUGCAUCGGACCAUCUUGCAACCGAGCCUAUAGUACCUCCGCUGAGAUUCCCAGUUCAGAUAUUGGGCCGUGGACUUCGACUCUGGAAUUUGCACUCUGUGCAGCACGCCGAGAGCUAGCUCUCCUGAAGCGAUACUCUGAUGAUCAGUCCGUGGACGAGUACAGUGAGCUCUUGCAGAAGGCGCUACUGAUUCUACCGGCCCUAACACACAAUCCACAUGUGGUGAAGGCGGCAGGGUCAAUCAUCUGGCAUACAGACUUGCAUCUCGGAAACAUCUACGUAUCCGCGGAACACCGGGCCUUGAUUGAAGGCGUGAUUGAUUGGCAGUCCGCGCAAGCCUCUCCUCUCUUUAUACAGGCACACUUCCCCGAGUUUCUGCGGCCACCAAAAGACUACAGUCCUGGAACUGAAAUCCCCGCUCUUCCGGAUAACUAUGAAGAGCUGGACGCUACGCAAAAGGAAGCGGCCAGGAAGGCACAAACAUUGGCGGUUCAAUCUAAGUACUACGAGAUGUCAUGCCUUGUAUACAACAAGCCUGUCUACAACGCGAUGAGACUAGAUCGCCGACUGUGGGAGCCUUUCACUUGUUGCCAGCUUCCUUCCAGUGGCUCCAUGGUUCCACUACGAAACUCCCUGAUACGGCUUUCUCAAGAUUGGGUGCUGCUGGGGCUUCCCGGCAGUUGUCCUGUUGCAUUUAAUGAAGAGGAACUUAGAAGGCACACCGAGCAGGUCCGGCUUUAUCAUGACAGCAGGUAUUCGCGGGAUAUUGUAAAGGACCAGCUUGGCACCGAUGACAGCGGCUGGGUCCCGCUUGAGCAGUGGGAAUCGACCAACAAGUUGAACAAAUACCUCUUCGACAUGUAUGUGGAGGCUAUGAGCGAAGAGACUCCCGCCGAAGGAGCCGCGCAGCGGUGGCCUUUUCCGCCAGGGUAG